GAGAGCGGCGUCGGUCAGUGCGACCCCCGGCAUCAGGGUUGGUUGCGCGCUGCUGCUCGCUGUGAGUGGCCAUUGGUGGUACUGGCGAGCGAAAGGGGGGAAAAAAGGGGAAAAAAAACAACCCUGUGGUUUUUACAUUAACCGUUUGCGCAAAAAAAAACAAUACUCCCGCUCCUCGUGUCUUUGCAACCGGUGUGUGUGUUUUUUUUUACACAUUGAUUGUUUUGGUCAGAAGCCAGUCGCCAUGCCCAAGAGAAAGAAUGACGGUGAAGCGAGAGUGGAGCCCAAAAGGAGGUCGAGUAGAUUGUCACAGAGGGCUUUAGCUUCCAAAUCAGAGCCAAAACAAAAGAAGGCACCAGCUAAAAAAGAGGCUGCCAGUGACAAGAAAGAAGAAAAGAAAGCACCAGCAAAAGGAAAAAAAGGAACUAAAGGCAAAGAAGACACUAACCAGGAGGAUGGAAAAGAAGAAACUCCCUCUGAGAAUGGAGAAGCCAAAAACGAUGAGGCACAGUCCACUGAAAGCUGUGAAGAAAAAGAAGCCAAGUCAGAGUAACUGCAUCUGCCCGUCAUCUCCAUCAAUGGCAUCCAUACCUCCAUACUGUAUUGUUAACAGAGAGGAAUAUUUUUAUCAACUAUUUUAUAAAUACAAGGUUUUUUUAGCAUGAAUUUAAUUAUGGAAACACCCACAUCUCAAGAUUAUUUGGGGGUUUGAAACCCUAAAGAAUCAUUGUUUUAAAAUUGUGAUUGUUGUAGUUAGUGUGAUAUGUGGGACAAGUAAAUGGUGGUAGUUAUUGACUUCUGUCAAUGUUUGUCUUGUGUCAUACUCAAAAAAAAAAAGUCUGAUAUUUUAAUUCACCAGGUAUUUGUGGUGUUAGGCUAUUACAAGUGGGUAAGAGUAAGGAGAAAGUUGUUUGUGUCAAAACAUUCCAGUGGUUUUGUGGGUUAGUUUUGUAACCAGGUAAAAUAUUUUGGUGAAAAAAAAUUAAAAUGUGGGGCCUGGAAAUCUAAUGUGAAAAAUAUUUUAAUUUUAAAUUUGUCAUUUUUGUAAAGAAAAACCUUUGCAAUCAUGUAAAACUAGUUUCUAAUGGAAAAUAACAUCUUUUAAAAGGGCAGAUGGCUGUAUGUACCCACUUUCUGUCUGAAUUUUUGCUGGAUAAUUUACCUUAAUAAAAAAAAAUCUCCCCAGUGUUUCUCUAUAUAAA